AUGAAUCAUGCAUAUCAUAUCACCUACUUUACUCACUCUAAUAAUAAUCAAAAUCAAAAUGGAGUUGCAGAAGCAGCAUUUCCUUACAUUAUAAAGGAUUCAUAUAUCAUUAAACAUUACGACUCAAUAGAUUGCACUGGUGAAGUGAAUCAAAUGAUUCAUCUUGAACCUGGAGCCAGGGAUGUUUGUUACUCUCCCUAUGAAUAUUUUAUGGACUGUGAAAAGGGGAGUCGAAAAUGUCAUUUUGGAUUCUCUUGUCAAUGCAAAAAGAAUUGUUCCAAAUUAUUGCAAGUUGGAGAAUGUUUUAUUGGUUAUAAAUUAUUCUACGAACCUUUGGAUUACAAAAAUCAAGAUUGGUGUUUAAUAUCUACUAUAAAACUUGCCAACAACCACCCAGAACUUUGUAGAUCGAGACCUGAUGGUAUCCACUUUUCAAGAAAACAUCAUUGCGCCAAAACAUUGCGAUAUGACUUUGACUAUGAAAGACAACAUGGCUAUACGAUUAAAUCCGACUGCGAUAUCGAAAGAGUAACUUUUCAUAAGGGCUGUAACAGUGACUGCAGUUCUUGCCCAAUUAAUGCAACCCUUAGAGCACCAUACUGUUUUUCUUCGGAUGUACCCGGUGGAUCAGAUUAUCUUUCUUCAUUUGGUGACUAUUGGUGGUUUUACAAAGCUGUGAGUGCAGUCAAUCACAACAUCAAAUCAAAGAGUUGGCAAUUAAAUCCAUUAAUCUUUAAUUUAUUUAAAAUUAUUUUUGAAGAAAAACCAUCGAAUGACAUACAAAUAAUCAUCUGUACCACCGCAGUGAUGAUAUUCAGAAAUAUAUUCAAGAGGUUCUCAACAGAGGGAGAAGAAUCUGAUAAGAAAUCAAAUGCAAAGAGAAAUAUAAUCUGGUUCUCUUUGAUAUCUGCUUCAUCAUUCUUGGUUUUCUUAACUUGUUCGGAUAUACCCAUACCAUUCAUUCAUUCAUUCAUCAUUUCUUCUUUGAAUGAUUAUUUCCUUUUUGAAUAA